ACUCAAGGGUGACUCCAUGCUUCCCUUUUGGAUUCCUAGUGCCAUUCAACCAGAUAACAGAGUUCAGGGGCCUGUAAAAGCAGAAGAGGAAUUGAAGAGUUGGUCAGAAAUCAGUAAAAGAUGAAGAGGCUGACAAGAUUUGAAGUUUGAGAGGACCUUGACCUGGUACUGCUGGAUUUGAAGAUGGAGGAAAGGGGAUCUAAGGCAAGGCAUCUGAGGGGUCUGUAGAGGUUGGGACCAGUACUCAGCUCAUGGUCAGCAAAGAAAUAGGAACCUCCAACUACAAAGCAAAGACAUGAAUUCUGACAAGGACCUGCAUGAAUGCAGAAAUGAGUUCUCCCCUACAGCCUCCAGAAUGAAAUGUGACCCUAUUGACAUAUUGAUUUCAGACCAGUGGGACCCAUUUCAAACUUUCAACCUUCAGAACACAUUUAAAUAUUAGGACACUGACGGAUGAUAUGCUGGACAAAUUUGCCAGCAUAAGAAUUCCGGGGAGCAAGAAAGAGCGAACUCCUCUUCCCAACCUGAAGACUGUGUUUGUAGGCCAUGACUACUCAUCAACACCUUCAGAGAUCAGGGGUAACCUCUCAAAGCCACUGUCAGAGAAUGAAAUCCUACAGCUGUUUGAAGAGAUGAUGGAAGAUAUGAAUUUAAAUGAAGAUAAAAAAGCACCAUUGCGGGAAAAGGACUUCAGUAUCAAAAAAGAAAUGGUGAUGCAGUACAUUAGUACUGCUUCUAAGACAGGAAGUCUGAAAAGCAGCCAACAGAUUUCACCUCAGGAUUUCAUCUAUGAACUGAAAAUGGGGUCCGAGGAUGAGAGACUUGUGACAUACCUGGAGUCCCUCCGUGUUUCUUUGACCAGCAAUCCUGUGAGUUGGGUGGAAAGCUUUGGACAUGAGGGACUUGGAUUAUUACUAGACAUUUUGGAAAAAUUGAUUAGUGGAAAAAUCCAAGAAAAAUUCGUAAAGAAGAAUCAACACAAAGUCAUACAGUGUCUAAAAGCCUUGAUGAAUACACAGUAUGGCUUAGAAAGAAUUAUGAGUGAAGAGAGGAGUCUUUCCUUAUUGGCCAAAGCCAUGGAUCCCAAGCACCCCAGUAUGAUGACAGAUGUGGUUAAACUCCUUUCUGCUGUGUGCAUUGUAGGAGAGGAAAGCAUCCUUGAAGAAGUUUUAGAAGCUUUAACUUCAGCUGGAGAAGAAAAAAAAAUUGACAGAUUUUCUUCUAUUGUGGAGGGCCUUCAGCAUAAUUCUGUUCAACUGCAAGUAGCUUGUAUGCAGCUCAUAAAUGCCCUCGUUACAUCUCCUGAUGAUUUGGACUUGAGGCUUCAUAUCAGAAAUGAAUUUAUGCGUUGUGGAUUGAAAGAGAUAUUGCCAAAUUUAAAACGUAUUAAGAAUGAUGGCCUGGAUAUCCAACUUAAAGUCUUUGAUGAGCAUAAGGAAGAAGAUUUGAUUGAGUUCUCCCAUCGCCUUGAAGAUAUUAGAGCUGAAUUUGAUGAAGCAUCUGAUGUUUACAACAUGGUGUGGAAUACAGUUAAGGAGACCAGAGCAGAGGGAUAUUUUAUUUCUAUUCUUCAGCAUCUUUUGCUUAUUCGAAAUGAUUGUUUUAUAAGACAACAGUACUUCAAAUUAAUUGAUGAGUGUGUAUCCCAGAUUGUAUUGCAUAAAGAUGGAAUGGAUCCAGAUUUUACAUAUCGAAAACGAUUAGAUUUAGAUUUAAGUCAAUUUGUAGAUGUUUGCAUAGAUCAAGCAAAAGUAGAAGAGUCUGAAGAAAAGGCAUCAGAACUUUACAAAAAAUUUGAAAAAGAGUUUACUGACCACCAAGAAACUCAGGCUCAAUUGCAGAAAAAAGAGGCAAAGAUUAAUGAGCUUCAGGUCGAACUACAAGCUUUCAGAUCUCAGUUUGGCGUCUUGCCAGCUGAUGUCAGUAUUUCUUCACCACCUUCAAAAGAAGAUGGAGCUAGCCACCCAGCACUUCCUGCUCCCCCUCCACUGCCCUCUUGUGGAGGGCUGCCACCUCCACCACCUCCUCCCCCGCCUCCCCCACUCCCAGGAAUGCCCUUGCCAUUUGGUGGUCCUGUGCCUCCACCUCCUCCUUUGGGCUUUUUUGGCGGACGAAACUCUCCUCCUCCACCAGCACUGCCAUUUGGGUUGAAACCAAAGAAGGAAUUUAAACCUGAAAUCAGCAUGAGAAGAUUGAAUUGGUUAAAGAUCAGACCUCAUGAAAUGACUGAAAACUGUUUCUGGAUAAAAGUGAAUGAAAAUAAAUAUGAAAAUACGGAUUUACUUUGUAAACUUGAGAAUACAUUUUGUUGCCAACAAAAAGAGAAAAGAGAUGAAGAAGAUUUUGAGGAGAAGAAAGCUAUUAAGAAGAAGAUUAAAGAACUUAAAUUUCUAGAUUCUAAAAUUGCUCAGAACCUUUCAAUCUUUCUGAGCUCAUUUCGGGUGCCAUAUGAGGAAAUAAAGAUGAUGAUAUUGGAAGUGGAUGAAACACGGUUGGCAGAGUCUAUGAUUCAGAACUUAUUAAAGCAUCUUCCUGAUCAAGAGCAGUUAAAUUCCUUGUCUCAGUUCAAGAAUGACUAUAACAACUUAUGCGAACCUGAGCAGUUUGCUGUUGUGAUGAGCAAUGUGAAGAGACUGCGGCCACGGCUCAGUGCUAUUCUCUUUAAGCUUCAGUUUGAAGAGCAGGUGAACAACAUCAAACCUGACAUCAUGGCUGUCAGUACUGCCUGCGAAGAGAUAAAGAAGAGCAAAAGCUUCAGCACAUUGCUGGAACUUGUAUUGCUAAUGGGAAACUACAUGAACGCCGGCUCCCGGAAUGCUCAAACCUUCGGAUUUAACCUUAGCUCUCUCUGUAAACUAAAGGACACAAAAUCAGCAGACCAGAAAACAACAUUACUUCAUUUCCUUGUAGAAAUAUGUGAAGAAAAGUACCCUGCCAUUCUGAAUUUUGUGGACAAUUUGGAACAUUUAGACAAAGCUAGUAAAGUCUCUGUAGAAAUGCUGGAAAAGAAUUUGAAGCAGAUGGGAAGGCAGCUUCAACAGCUUGAGAAAGAUUUGGAAACCUUUCCCCCUCCUGAGGACUCACAUGACAAGUUUGUGACAAAGAUGUCCAGCUUUGUUACCAGUGCAAAAGAACAAUACGGGAAACUUACAAAGUUACUUGAAAACAUGGAAAAAUUGUACCAGAGUGUCAUGGUAUAUUAUGCCAUUGAUGUGAAGAAGGUGUCUGUGGAAGACUUUUUUACUGACUUAAAUAACUUCAGAACUACAUUCAUGCAAGCAAUAAAGGAGAACAUCAGAAAAAGAGAAGCAGAGGAAAAAGAAAAACGUGCCAGAAUAGCUAAAGAAUUAGCAGAGAAAGAAAGACUUGAACGCCAGCAAAAGAAAAAGCGCUUACUAGAAAUGAAGACUGAGGGUGAUGAGACAGGAGUGAUGGAUAGUCUGCUGGAGGCCUUGCAGUCAGGGGCUGCCUUCCGCGACAGAAGAAAAAGGACACCAAAGCCGAAAGAUAUUCGGCAGAGUCUCAGUCCACUGUCUCAGAGGCCUGUUCUGAAAGUUUGUAACCAUGAAAAUCAGAAAGUGCAGCUGACAGAAGGGUCACGUUCACACUACAGUAUCAAUUGCAACUCCACAAGGACUACAGUCGCCAAGGAGCUUAAUUAUAAUCCAGACACUCGUACGUCUACAGGGAGGAUCAAGGCAGUUGAGAAGAAGGAAGCCUGUAAUGUAGAAAGCACCAGAAAAAAGGAAAUGGAACUUCUUGGCUCUGUUUCUAAAAACGAAUCAGUUCCCGAAGUUGAAGCCCUGCUGGCAAGAUUACGAGCUUUAUAAAUUAAACUGGCAAAAAAUGAUUAAGCCAAAUAUAAAGCCAUGCUUUAAGCUAUAACACUUGAAAAAAUUGCUUUUAUAUGAGUGACUUUAUAUAGUUUUAAAUUAUGAUAUAUAUUAGAAAAAUAAAGCUAAAUACAUGAUUGCAAUGCUUUUUCUAUGUACUUGAAGUUUGGGCUUAUUCAAGAUUGUAAUGGACUUUAAUGCUUUUUUUGUCUCCUGGUAUUCAUCUGUUCUAUAUUUGGUGGUUAAAUUAUACAUAUUGCUUUAGAGAGCAGGUAGGAGACCAUGUGUUCAGCAAUGUGUCUGUAAGAAAAUACCAUCUUUCCAAGUCACUAUAAUUUUUACUAUUUCAGCAUUAAUGAGUGUCAAAUCAUCAGCCUGAAGUCUUACUACACAUCUAUGUAUAUUUAUAUAGGCCCAGAUUUCUCCAAUGUAACAUCAUGAACAUUAACUGAAUAUAUCAGAGCUCUAAAGAAAUGACUGGCAAGGUCUUUGUCAUCAUUGUUGAAUUCAUGUUAACUUGACCCUAUACAGGACUAGAAGCCAACUGAGUGCAUUUCCAAAAAUGAUACAAUAGAAAUGUAUGUAUUAUCUCUGCAAAGUGCCUCUGCUUUUGUAUAAAGUGGGUGUAUACAAUAUCACAGUGCUGACCAAAACUCUUGGUCUUAGCUGAGAACAUUUUUUCCCCAGUAAUUAUGACUAUGAAAUAAAAUUUCCAUUUUGAAACUUCCCAAGUCACAGAUUUUUCUGAUUCCUGUGAACACACUUGGAAUUUCAGUUUCUUUGAUCUGACAAUCAAUAACUGUAACAACAAUCUGAAUACAUGUUUCAAGGAAAGUUUUCAUAUGCAAAUGUUGCAAUUGUAUCUCAUUUCAGCAUCAUUCCUUUGUUAAUUCCAUAUCAAAGAAAAUAAACUUGCUAUUUGCACUAAAUGAAAAAAAUUGCUUUCUUCUCCCUCUCAUUAACAUAUUCUGUGGUAAGCUGGAGAUACACUGCUACACAGGCUAAGCAUCUCUUUUGCUUUAUUACAUGUAAUAAGUAAGUGACU